GGGGUUACGCGCCGGCCCCUCUCCACUGGGCCUGCUGCUGCUCUUGAUGAUCCUGUUAACCAGCCCUUUGAGCAGUGUGUGUGGAGCACCAGCUCCCCCAAAGUUCACCAAGAUUCCCACAGACCAGAUCGGAGUGUCAGGGGGUGUGGCAUCAUUUGUGUGCCAGGCCACUGGCCAUCCCAAGCCUGUCGUCUACUGGAACAAGAAGGGCAAGAAGGUCAACUCCCAGCGUAUCGAGACUGUAGAGUUUGAUGAAGGUGCAGGUGCUGUGCUGAGGAUCCAACCACUCAGAGCACCUCGAGAUGAGAACAUCUAUGAGUGUGUGGCACGCAACAGUGAAGGAGAGGUGUCUGUCACUGCAAAGCUGGCCAUUAUCAGAGAGGACCUGUUGCCAUUUGGCUUCCCCAGUAUAGACAUGGGUCCCCAGCUGAAGGUGGUGGAGAGGACGAGGACGGCCACCAUGCUGUGCGCAGCCAGCGGCAUUCCUGACCCAGAGAUCUCUUGGUUCAAAGACUUCCUCCCUAUCGACCCCAUCAGCAGCCAGGGUCGCAUCAAACAGCUCCGAUCAGGAGCGCUACAGAUUGAGAACAGCGAGGAAACGGACCAAGGGAAGUACGAGUGUGUGGCCACCAACUCUCAAGGGGUGCGCUACUCCUCCCCUGCUAACCUGUAUGUGCGAGAGCUUCGAGAAGUGCGCCGUGUGCCCCCCCGUUUCUCCAUCCUCCCUUCCAACCAUGAGAUCAUGCCAGGAGGGAGCGUCAACAUCACCUGCGUGGCCGUGGGUUCGCCCAUGCCCUACGUCAAGUGGAUGCUGGGAAGUGAGGACCUGACCCCAGAGGAUGAAAUGCCGAUCGGACGGAACGUGCUGGAGCUCAACGGUGUCCGGGAGUCCGCAAAUUACACCUGUGUGGCCAUGAGCAGCCUGGGCAUCAUCGAGGCCACCGCUCAGGUCUUAGUAAAGACUUUGCCAAAGCCUCCCGGCACACCCAUUGUCACAGAGACCACCGCUACCAGUGUGACCAUCACCUGGGACUCCGGUAACCCAGACCCGGUCUCCUACUACAUCAUCCAGUACAGAGCCAAAGGGCCGGACAGCAAGUACGAGACGGUGGACAGCAUCACCACCACCCGCUACAGCAUCGGGGGACUGUACCCCAACACAGAGUAUGAAAUCAGAGUGUCAGCCUUCAAUAGCAUCGGCCAGGGCCCCUCCUCUACACGCGUGGAGGCCCGCACAGGGGAACAGGCCCCGGCCAGCCCUCCCCGAAACGUCCAGGCCCACAUUAUAUCUCAGAACACAGUGAUGGUCCGCUGGGAGGAGCCGGAGGAACCCAACGGACAGGUAAAAGGCUACCGCGUGUACUACACCAUGGAACCGUCCCGGCCUAUGAACGAGUGGCAGAUCCAUAAUGUCCAGGACAGCGUGAUCACCACCAUUCAGAGCCUGGUGACCUCGAAGACCUACACCAUCCAGGUCCUAGCCUUCACCUCUGUAGGGGAUGGACCCUUCUCAGACCCCGUCCAUGUUAAAGUCAUGCCUGGAGUCCCAGGCCAGCCGGGAAAGUUUAAAGUUGGUAAGGUGGCCGACACCAGCAUUGAGCUGACGUGGGAACCUGCUUACACAAAGGAGGGCAUUGUCAACUAUGAGCUGCUCUACAAACCUGUCAAGUUUGGCAGCUUGGAGAAGCUGACCUUCGGGCCGAGGAUUUCUUACACCGUGGAAGGUCUCAAAGCGAACACAGAGUACUCCUUCUCCCUGGCCGCCAUCUCAAACAAAGGCAUCGGAGCUUUCACCAACGAGCUGGUGCAGAGGACGUCACAAGCCAAUGUGCCGAGGAAUUUUUCUGUCAAUCUGGCCACUAAGACCAGUGUUCUUCUGACCUGGGAGUUUCCAGAGAGCACCAACCCCUAUCGCUUUACUGUGGAAUACAACCGACAGAAGAUGGAGGUGGACGCUCGUCUGAGAAAGGCAGUCAUCCCAAACCUUCAGCCCGACACCAGCUACGACUUAAGAUCACGGCUCCGGAGGGAAACAUUGGGAGGCCUUCGCCACCGCAUCUCCGCCAAGACCUCCCCGCCAAUCACCAUCCGCCGCCCCGAGAUUGACCACACCCGUGACACUGAGACCACAGUCACCAUAGUCCUGCCAUCGCUGGAGACUCGCUCUCCUGUCAAGAAUGUGUACGUUGUUGUGGUUCCGUUGCGGAGAGCCCGCGGCGUUAUCAGACCACUCAAGAGCCCGGAUGAAAUGGACCUUGAGGAGCUGUUAAAAGAUAUCAGUCAAAAGCAGAGAGAUUCUCGGCAGCAGAAGCAGGUGGACCUGCGCCGGGCUUACAUCACAGCCCGUUUCACACCUGCCACCUUACCGGCAUUCUUCACCCUGGGGGACCAGCUGGACUACGGAGGCUUUGAGAACCGAGCUCUAGAGGCGGGGCAGGAGUACAUCUUCUUCAUCCUGGCCGAGCUCAACUCCACAACCGGGAAGAUGUACGUGGCCAGCCCCUACACAGACCCCGUGAUCGCCCCAGAUUCAGAUCCCCAGCCCCUCGAUGCAGGUGAUGGUCUGAUAUGGGUGGUUGGACCCGUCCUGGCUGUGGUCUUCAUCAUCUGCAUCGUCAUCGCUAUCCUCCUUUACAAAAACAGCAAACCUGACAGCAAGCGCAAGGACUCUGAACCCGGAACCAAGAGCCUUUUGAGCAACGCAGAGCUGAUGGCCCAUCACCCAACGGACCCUGUGGAGAUGAGACGCAUUAACUUCCAGACUCCCGGAAUGAUGAGCCAUCCUCCCAUCCCCAUCAGUGAGCUGUCUGAGCACAUAGAGCUGCUGAAAGCCAACGACAACCUGCGACUCUCUCAGGAGUAUGAGUCAAUCGACCCCAGUCAGCAGUUCACCUGGGAGCAUUCAAACCUGGAGGUCAAUAAGCCCAAAAACCGCUAUGCUAACGUCAUCGCCUACGACCACACAAGAGUCGUCCUGGCUCCUAUAGAAGGUAUCCUGGGGAGCGACUACAUCAACGCCAACUACAUUGAUGGCUACAGGAAGCAGAAUGCCUACAUCGCGACACAGGGGCCCCUGGCGGAGACGUUCGGGGACUUUUGGAGAAUGGUGUGGGAGCAGCGGGCCGCCUCUGUGGUCAUGAUGACGCGCCUUGAGGAGAAGUCACGGAUAAAGUGUGACCAGUACUGGCCGAGUCGCGGCACAGAGACAUACGGGAUGAUCCAGGUCACUCUUCUGGACACAAUGGAGCUGGCCACGUUCUGUGUCCGCACCCUUUCCCUGCAUAAGAGUGGCAGCAGUGAACGGCGAGAGGUGCGUCAGUUCCAGUUUACAGCCUGGCCGGAUCACGGAGUGCCAGAGUACCCAACCCCCUUCCUCAACUUCCUCCGCAGGGUCAAAGCCUGCAAUCCUCCUGACGCCGGACCUAUCACCGCUCACUGCAGUGCUGGUGUUGGUCGCACUGGCUGUUUUAUUGUGAUCGACGCCAUGCUGGAGCGCAUUCGACACGAGCGCACGGUGGACAUCUACGGUCACGUGACCCUGAUGCGCUCACAGAGGAACUACAUGGUGCAGACGGAGGACCAGUACAGCUUCAUCCACGAGGCCCUGCUGGAGGCUGUGGCCUGCGGGAACACCGAGGUGGCCGCCAGGAGUCUGCACUCCUACAUGCAGAAGCUGUCAAAGGUGGAGACUGGAGAGCACAUCACCGGCAUGGAGCUGGAGUUCAAGCGACUGGCGAACACCAAAGCCCACACGUCCCGGUUUGUCACAGCCAACCUGCCUUGCAACAAAUUCAAGAACCGACUGGUCAACAUCAUGCCCUAUGAAACCACCCGCGUCUGCCUCCAGCCAAUCAGAGGCCUGGAGGGCUCCGACUACAUCAACGCCAGUUACAUAGACGGAUACAGGCAGCAGAGAGGCUACAUUGCCACCCAGGGCCCACUGGCUGAGACUACGGAGGAUUUCUGGAGGAUGCUGUGGGAACACAACUCCACUAUAGUGGUCAUGCUCACUAAACUGAGAGAAAUGGGCCGGGAGAAGUGUCACCAGUACUGGCCCGCUGAGCGCUCAGCCAGGUACCAGUACUUUGUGGUGGACCCUAUGGCUGAGUACAACAUGCCUCAGUACAUCCUCCGGGAGUUCAAAGUUACGGAUGCCAGAGAUGGCCAAUCACGGACAGUGCGUCAGUUCCAGUUCACUGAUUGGCCAGAGCAAGGUGUGCCCAAAUCUGGGGAGGGCUUCAUUGAUUUCAUCGGCCAAGUGCACAAAACCAAGGAGCAGUUUGGCCAGGAUGGACCAAUCAGCGUUCAUUGCAGUGCUGGUGUGGGGCGGACAGGUGUCUUCAUCACUCUGAGUAUUGUCCUGGAGAGGAUGCGUUACGAAGGGGCGGUGGACAUCUUCCAGACUGUCAAAAUGCUGCGCACACAGAGACCGGCCAUGGUGCAGACUGAGGAUGAGUACCAGUUCUGCUACCAGGCUGCACUGGAGUACCUGGGUAGCUUUGACCACUAUGCAACGUAAGUGAAGAGACAACCAUCCAUCCAUCGUUCUGCUUCGAGGUCCACAGACAAACCGACAAGCGCAACGAGAGAAAGUCGACUUGAAAUAACGGGAACAUUUGACCUUUUUCCGGGAGCAAGACUCAAAGAUGAAUUCUACACCAACAAGGACAAAAAGCAACAACAAAAACAGCAACAACAAAAAUCUGUGUCGAACAGCACCCACAUUCAUCAGGGGUUUCCCUGAGGGGCCGGUGGGUGUGGGGACUAUCCAUGUGUAAUCCAUAUACUUACCUCAGUGUUCCAGUGUGAAGGACGUAUAAUACAUGUGUGUUGUGGUCAGCUAUUGAACAAGUGAAAUACAAACAGCUUCUGGACAGGAAUUAUGAUACUAAAUGUGUAUUUAAAAAAACACAAAGAGCCUGGAUAUUUGCUGCACCCUAAAUGGGCUUUUUAUCCUCAACUUUGUAUCUACUGGUUUGGUGUACUAAGGGGUUACAAAGUGUAACAGUGAACAUUUCUAUGUGUCUGUGAGUCUGUUUCAAAGGUGUCUAAUGCUAACACCGAUAGCUCUGAUCAUAUAGUUUAUAGCAGAUGAUGAGGUAAUGCCUCAGCAGAAGCCUAAAGUGGAGACUCAACACCCUGAGGACUGUUGGGGAAGCGUGUUGAUGCUCCUUUGCCCAACGCAGUGCCAAGAGAAACCAUGCAGCGUGAACAUGAACUGUGGCCUACAAGGAGAGAUGGCUUCCUCUUUUAUCCAGCAUAAUAACAUAAAGACCGCUCUUAACACGCUGGCCAAUAAUGAGUUCACGCUCCCCAAUUGUGUCCUCGCUGUGUAACAGCUGGCCCCAGAACAGUGAUCAGAGCCCGUCAUAUCCUCAGCUGGGCCGAGAUUUGUAGUCCAGUGCAUUCUCCAUUAAACAAAGCUUGCUUGCUAUUUGCUGUAGUCCUUGUUUAUCCUCCAGCUCAUCUCCUGAA